AGCACUGCUACGGUUGUGGGUGCGUCUUCGAUCGAAAACGCCUCUCUCUCUCUCUCUCUCUCUCUCUCUCUCUCGCGUACCCCCUCCUUUCGCAGCUUUUCCCUAUACCUCCUCGACUCCGCUCCCUCUCCAUCGUCCCAAUGACUACUUCCAGGCGUCUUGCUGAUAGGAAAGUAGCGAAGUUUCAGAAGAAUAUUACAAAGAGAGGAUCUGUUCCUGAGGUGACAGUGAAGAAAGGGAAUGAUUAUCCUGUUGGACCUAUCGUUAUCGGCUUUUUCAUUUUUGUGGUCGUUGGAUCAUGCCAGACGAUGAAACGAUAUUGGGGAAAGAGGGGGAAUAUAGCAAAUCGGAGAAGCUAUAUUCCAGAUUAUUCGGAUGGCCACAAGCGGCGGGAUGGCUUAAUGGCGAAGCAGAUGGCAAAGAUGGUUUGUGCUCUCACUAGCAGCUAGACCUAGAUAUACUAUAAGUACACAUUUUGCUUGUAGCUCUUCUUGUCCAUAUUUUUGUUGCUUGUUUCUGGGCGAGACAGCUUGUCUGAAAAUUUGUCAAUCGAGAUGUGAGAAAUUGAAACCUAACAUUCCCCGUUUGUGGCUGUGACGCUGCGUAACCCUCGGUAUCGAGCUAAUUAUAUUUUGGUUUGCGACAUGGCAAGGGAAAAUGUCUCUGGUAAUCAUUCACAAAUUGUGAGGUAGAACAAUUAUAUGUAAAAACUGACGUUCGGAAAAAGUGCUAGCAUGUAUUUGUAGUUUGUUUC